AUGGACAGGGAGCUUAAACGUUUGUACAGGCAGCGAGGGAGUGCACUGCGGCGUGUUGGAAAGGAUGUCGUAAUAGAGGACAGCAGAACCGCGGAAAACGCUGAAACACAGGACGUAACAGAAGAAGCAGGCAUAGUUGAUGAUACGGAGCCUCUACAAAACUUUGAAGAGCCUGCGUUCGACCAGGGUGAUCUUGAUGGGCCACCUGACAUAGAUAUUGCUGACCAUGACGUGGAAGAGCCGAGUUUCGAGGAGCAAGGCGGCAGUUUCGAGAAUUAUUCUUUUGAUGAGCUUCCCAUAACCAAGUUUUCCACAUCCAUCACCUCCAUGGCAGCAAUUGAGGUGUUCAUAGCCGUCACGGAGAGAUUAUUUGGCCAGCAUCUAUGCUCGCAGUCCGAGCAAAACUUCCACGAGUCUAAAACACGUGCAGACCGCCUGUCAUAUAAGAUGGAUCUCAAGAUAUUUAAAGAAUUCGCAGAACUUGUUAAGUCUGAUCUGCAGGACAUGUUGGACAUACAUCUCUCUAAUAACGAUAUGUGCUACCAAAUGAAGCAAAUAUUAAAAAUUAAACAGGAUCUUACCGGGGAGAUAAUUCGCGUUCGGGAACUGAUAUCACAGUACGACACAAGUCAAUUGAGGGACGCAGAAAAGCAGCAAGAGCUAGAGUCUCUAAUAUCUCUCAAUAGCAAACUUAAGGCGCUCAAGGACAUAGGCCCAGAAACGACUACCCCCUAG